CUCGAUAAAAAAUUUAUGGCUGGGAGGAUUCGGGCGGUCUUCCAACUACAAUGCCCCGCAAGCGUCAACUGUGCUUCCUCCUCACAUUUCACUCAACUCAUCCUCGUCUCUCUUCUCAGCACAAAUCUCCUCACUCAUGGAACCCGAAGCGGAUCACCACCACCAUUACCACGGCGACCACCACCAUACCCAUGAAGGACAGCUUGAAGACGGAUCGCAGUCCUGGGUGGGACAGGACGGCAGGGUUUAUCAUUCGCAUGACGGGCUGGCACCACAUUCUCACGAGCCGAUUUAUUCACCCGGCCUCUUCGGUAGCCGGCCCCCGCCGCCGCUUGGCGCAAGAGACUUCAAAGAGCGCGCCUUCACCGUCGGCAUUGGUGGUCCCGUCGGCACUGGUAAAACAGCUUUAAUGUUAGCUCUCUGCCAGCAACUCCGUGAUAAGUACAGUCUUGCAGCAGUGACAAAUGAUAUAUUCACGAAAGAGGAUGGGGAGUUCUUGGUGAAAAAUGGAGCUCUUCCUGAGGAGAGGAUUCGUGCUGUAGAGACAGGAGGCUGUCCUCAUGCUGCUAUACGUGAGGAUAUAAGCAUUAAUCUUGGACCACUUGAAGAGCUGUCCAACUUGUUUAAGGCAGACCUACUACUCUGUGAAUCAGGGGGAGAUAACUUGGCUGCUAAUUUCAGUAGAGAGUUAGCAGAUUAUAUUAUAUAUAUAAUUGAUGUUUCUGGUGGUGAUAAAAUACCUAGAAAAGGAGGCCCAGGAAUAACCCAAGCGGAUCUUUUGGUUAUAAACAAGACGGAUCUUGCAACAGCAGUUGGUGCUGACUUGGCUGUUAUGGAACGAGAUGCACUUCGAAUGCGGGAUGGAGGACCUUUUGUGUUUGCUCAGGUGAAACAUGGAGUUGGAGUAGGGGAGAUUGUGAGCCAUGUCAUAGGAGCAUGGGAGCAAUCAACAGGGACGAAGCGACGUUAAUAUGAAUAUGAAAAAAAGGCUGUAAGCCAUAAUCAUGUUUUCUGCAUUUCUGCUUAUUCAUGUAGAUUUACAAUAAUGAUGCAGAUUCUUUCACUUUUUAAGUGCUUGCAUUAUUUACUGCUUUAACCUCAAAGAGUUUUAGGCUGUUAGCUGUUGUUCAUGGAUAGAUCCUUUUUUAUGCUA